AUGCCUUCUCAUAUGACCGAGAAGAGCCUGGACCGUGCGGGUAAGCCUGAAAAGCGAAAGAAGAAGCGGCCGCCCGAGGCAAUCUCCGCAGAUGCAAACCUACCGCCCACAAAGAAGAAGAAGAAGAAGAAGGAGGCGGGAGACCCGACUCAGAUUCAGGAGCCAAAAGAGAAGAAGAGGAAGAAGCGUGCAGUCAAGGAGGAGGCCGCGGCGGUGAUCAGCGGCGCGGACAAGCGUCGGGCAAAGAAGCGUGCAGUCAAGGAGGAGCCCGCAGCAGCCGUCGCCUCUGCCUCCUCAGCGGACGAGGAGGCGCCAGCCGACGGCGGUGCUCGCGUGGCCUGCACGCUCUUUGUGGGGCAGCUGCCGUACAAGGCCACCGCCAAGGACGCGCACUUCCUGGCCGUGUGCGCCCCGCCGGUGUCGGUGCGGCUCCUCACCGAGCGCGAGAGCGGGGCCUCGCGCGGCAUGGCCUUUGUCGAGCUCUCCUCCGAGUCGGAGGUGCACUCUGCCCUGCGGCUACACCACUCGUGUCUCUACGGCCGGCGCAUCAACGUCGAGCGGACGGUGCGCGAGCUCGUCGAGGAGGCUCUCCCGGCGGCGUGCGAGGCGGAGGAGGGGCAGGUGACGCGCGAGGACUUUGACGAGCGCGCGGUCGAGUUUCUGCUCUCUGUGUCGCCGCCCGUCGCCGAGGCGGCCAUUGCUGAGAUGGCGGGCCUCAACUUGAGCGGCGUGCGCAACCGCUCCGCGUGGCUCAUGGGCGUGCUGCGGCGGUUCGUCGCCGAGUCGGACCCGUUCGGCAAGAGCAAGGAGCAGGAGGAGGCGACCGGCGAGGGUGAGGGCGGCGGGCAGAAGGGCAAGGGCGGCGGGGGGAAGGGCAAGGGCGGCAAGGGCAAGGGCAAGGGUAAGGGUAAGGGCAAGGGUGGGCGAGGCGGCCGAUCCUCUGACGGCGCCGGCCCUGGAGGUGGCACGUCCACGUUCGCUGCGAAGCGGCGUGCGAGAAGCCACGAGAAGUCGGCGGCGGUUUAA